AUGCACUGUUUGCUGCAGGAAACACUCAUCUGGGAUCGCCCUCUCAUUAGUGUCGACAAUUGCACCACCUACUUCAGCGAUGGUGAUGAAAGGAAAGCAGGAGGCUGCGCAUUAGUUGUUAGGAACGAUUAUAACAACCUAGUAGGAGGAGUUUGGAUCAACGUCAUCAAGAUGCGCCUUUGCACGACUGCGGAAGACCACAACAAAGACGGGUUUUAUGGCGAACUCAAUACGUUGAUAAACAAGAUACCAAGCCAGCAGGCGGUAGUUGUCGGAGUUGAUGCGAAUGCAAAAAUGGGACCUAAACAACAAUCCGAUGUGCUUGGAAAAUGGUGCUAUCCCAUGGAACAGACUUCGGACAGCGGAAAUCGUCUGACUGACCUUUGCGAGCAGACGGACCUCAUCAUUACAUCCACGUUUAAGAGGAAUCAUCGACGCCAUCAGCUCACGUGGCAAGGGACAACCCCAUCAACGUCAGAAGUGCAGCGAAAGCGGAAGAUGCCGACACUUAGCUCGACUACGUUUUGA